AACAUUAUUAUUGAGAGAUAAGAAGAAGAAGGAAAUAUGAAGAAGAAGAUUGGUGAACCUAAAAAAUCUUUUUUUGAGUUUAGUAAUUAUGAUUUGAGUGAUUCAUGUGAUGAUACUUCAGAAUUAGAAUUAGAAUCAGAACCCCCUUCACCUCAUUGUGUAUUUGUCAAUACUUCUAAUGAUCCAAAUAUGAGUUAUUUGUUAGAUGAUGAAAACUUUUUUCCCCAAUCUCAAGAUAACCAAACAAAUGAUGGAUUUCAUCAGCCACAACCUGAAGAUGAAGCUAUGGGUACUCAGGUUCCAUGUGAUCCAAUAAAACCAAUGGAAAACCAACCUUCCCCAGUUGGUAUUUUGUACGAUGACACAUCCCAUCACUACAUGAAUGACUUGGUAUUCCCAAAUCCAGAAGAUGCGAAGAGUUGGGCUAGACAACAUGCACAAAAAGACAUGUGCGUAUUAGUAUUGAAUGGGAGAGAAAGCAAAACUCGGUUUGAAAUGGUUUGUGAGAGAAGCUGUGAUCCCGAUAAAAGCCACAAGAGGAAGGGUUAUGUUUAUAAAGGAAAGACAAAUAGGAAGAACAAAACUUUCUCAAAGAAGAUUAAUUGCCCAUUCAAGCUUGCAUUUAAUUACAACGAAGAUAAGGGUGGAUGGGUUCUCUGCAGGGUUAUGCAAGGUUGUCAUAAUCAUCCUCGUCCGGAGCAUCUUGAAGGACAUUUCAUGGCGGCAAAGCUAACUCCUAAAGAGAUGGACAAGGUAGCUAAAAUGAGGACAAUGGGUAUUUCACCGGUUCAAAUGCUCCAAAUACUAAAGGAGGAUAACAAGGAUAACCACUCAUCUUUGUCCACAAUUUACAAUUCAAUUGAGACAAUUAGAAGGAAUGGAGAGAUAGACAAGUAAUGCAACAAUUGUUUUUUUUGGCCCAAGAGAAAAACUACGCGGUUCAAAAGGAUGUGGAUUCGGAAGGAGAGAUAACACAACUCUUUCUUGCGCAUCCGACGAGUGUUCAAUUGGCUCAAUGCUUUCAUCAAGUUUUAAUAAUGGGUUGCACUUAUAAGACGAACAAGUACGAGAUGCCAUUGUGGAAUAUCGUUGGGCGUACUUCGACGAAGUCACCGUUUACCGUGGCGUUUUGUUUCUUAAGAGAUGAGCAAGAACCUAGUUUCAUUUGGGCACUAAAACAAGUUAAGGUAAUCUUCCGAGGUGAUGAUAUUCCCGGGGUUACAAUGAAGAAUAAUGAUGUCGUAUUGAUGAAUGCAAUAGAGGAAGUGUUCCCACUAGCACAUAAUAUGCUUUGUACGUUCCAUAUAUGAUGUAAUUUGAUGAAUAGGUUCAAGCCAAUAAUUUGUCCACCCAAGAAAAUAUGAUAUGGAGAAAUUAAGAUGCUACCGGAAAAAGAUCGAGCGGAUGCAAAAGAGAAAGUUGA